UAAAACUCAUUCAUUCCUUGUAUUUAAUUAUACAUUUAUUGUUUUCACAUUUCUAUUGCAGCCACCACCACUCUGGCCGUCGACCCCAGCACCAUUGCCGCCGCUAGCGGCACCGCCACCGCCAGUCACUAUGUCAGUGACUCCGGCCAAAGUGACUCCACCAGUCACAGUGACUCCCGUUAAAGUGACUACGGUCACAGUGACUCCACCGGCCAAAGUGAAUACCCACCGGCAACUGCCUUCGACACCCACUGUGACACAAAAUUACUCCGGCCACUGCCAGUCUGUAAGUUACCACCACCCUCCCCUCCGGUGACCACCGCACCUAGGCCUUGUCCCACCACCAUUUGGUCCACUUUCCUUGACCUGCCCCCUGCCAUACACACCAUUUCCCGAGUCCCACUCCCGACCCCAGCCCCCCUCCACUGCCCCACUAAUGUACAACAUAUCACCCCUACCCCACCAGCCCACAACAGCCCACCCCCACCACCACCAGCCGACCCUAACCACUCCCAAUAACUCUACCCGCCCAGUUUUGACCCUCUUCGCCGGCCAUCCACACAAAUCGUCGCCGAAUCUGAACCAGAUCUAAACCACAGGAGGUCGAUGACUGGUGUGGCGGCGAUGCAGACCGUCGAGAUCUGAAGCGGAGACAGAGACUGACGAGGGCUGAAGCGGAGACGGUGGACCCUUGAAGCAGCGAUGGCAGCACUCCUCCAGCCCUGGAGUGGAGAUGGCAGCACUCCUCCAACCAUACGGAAAUAAGCGGACUAAGUGAGGAUCCAUCUGCGGAGAGCGAUGGCAGCAGAGAGCGAGGGCGGCCGAGAGAUUCAUCGGAAGCGAUGGCAGCUACGAGAUUCGUGGGAGGCUAUGGCAACGGCUGGGAGGACUUCUCUGUCUGUUCGUGUGGUCCUUUGAUCCAGCACAAACGUAAUAAAGGGGCCUCGGUUCACUUGCC